AUGGUCACAAAAGUAGAUUAUGCGAACAAAACCCCAACUACUAGGAUCUUGGCCAGGAAGAUGGUGCCGACAGGAAGACUUCUCCUAGAUUUCAGUGAUAUGUUAACGGUAGUCCAUAUUGAUGCCCAAUCCUUGUUGAGUCAUAAACUUGAAAUAGAACUUAUGUUAAACGAACAAAACAUUGAUAUUCUAUGUGUUAGCGAAACAUGGUUAUACACUAAUAUAAGUGACGCAUUUAUAAAUAUUCCCCUGUAUGAUGUCUACCGUCAGGAUCAAGGUCGGGGUGGAGGGCCCAACCGGCCUGCCCACCAUCCCAACCCCGGCUGUGCCAACCAGCUUGCCCACCGUCCCACCCUGUCUGUCCUAACCGGACUGCCCACCAUCCCACUCACAGCUGCCCCAACCAACCGGACUCCCACCAUCCCACUGCCGGCUAACCAAACCAGCCUUCACACCGUCCCACCCCUGGCUCUCCCAACUGGCCUGUCCACCAUCCUACCCCUGGCUGUCCUAACCGACCUGCCCACCAUCCUACCCCUGGCUGCCCCAACCGGCCUGCCCAUUGUCCACCCCCGCUGCCCCAACCGACCUGCCCACCGUCCCACCCUGGCUGUCCCAACCGACCUCCCCACUAUCCUACCCCUGGCUGUCCUAACCGACCUGCCCACCGUUCCACCCCCAACUGCCCCAACCAAGCUGGCCACCGUCCCACCCCCGGCUACCCCAACCCAUCCUACCUACCGUCCCCCACCCCUGGCUGCCCCUACCGGCCUCCCCACCAUGCCACCCUUAGCUGCCCACCUGGCUAAUGAUGUCCCACCCCCAGCUUUUCCAACCAGUCUCCCCACCGUCCCACCCCAGCUGCCCCACCCGGCCUCCCCACCAUCCUACUCCCAGCUGCCCUGCUCAGCUUCCCCACAGUCCGAACCCCAUGGGGCUAUCAAGAAUUAUGCCCACACCAAACAUCAAGAGGCUGUCUCCCGGGAUGUUCAUCCAGAACAUGAAGAUCAUCAGUUACACCUGCUGGAGGCGCUUCUCAACCAGCAAAUAAAACCAGCACUUAAUACGACCCAGGAAGAAUUUCUCCUCCCCAUGAGUAUGAGAAGACCUGUCACUAACUACGACACCACUGAUCAUGAACUGGAUUGA